AUGUGCAAAUGUAGGACCUUUGCUGCUGUCGGAGUUGAUACAGCUGUAAUGGGUAUUGGUCCUGCCGUUGCAAUCCCUGCAGCAGUGAAAGCUGCUGGCCUCCAGAUGGAUGACAUUGAUCUAUUUGAAAUCAAUGAGGCUUUUGCAUCUCAGUAUGUCUACUGCUGCAAGAAGUUGGAACUUGAUCCUGCUAAAGUCAAUGUUAAUGGCGGUGCAAUGGCUCUUGGACAUCCAUUGGGUUGUACAGGUGCACGGUGCGUCAGUACUCUUCUCAAUGAGAUGAAGCGCCGUGGCAAGGAUUGCCGGUUCGGAGUGAUUUCUAUGUGCAUAGGUUCUGGGAUGGGUGCUGCUGCUGUAUUGGAGCGGGGAGACGGCGUCGAUGAGCUCACCAAUGCUCGGGGAAUCCCAUCCCAUAACUGGCUUUCCAAGGACGCGAUGUAA